GGUCAUUCUAUCGGCAGAUUCGCCAGUUUUCCGCAAGGUCGCAACUACGGCGGGCGUAAAUUGACAGAUACAUUUUCAAUACACGAGGAAGCAAGUGCAAACACAACGAAAUGGCUGCUAGAUUUAUACAGAAAAUUGUCAACACAACUCCGUAUUCCAGUCGUGCCUACUCUUCUGGAUCUAAAAAAGUCACACUGAUACCUGGGGAUGGCAUUGGUCCUGAGAUCUCCGCUGCCGUUCAAAAAAUAUUUGCUGCGGCCAAUGUGCCCAUUGAAUGGGAAGCCGUCGACGUGACCCCCGUUCGAGGCCCAGAUGGAAAAUUCGGCAUUCCACAAGCAGCCAUCGACUCGGUGAACACGAACAAGAUCGGCUUAAAGGGCCCACUGAUGACGCCCGUGGGAAAAGGGCAUCGUUCGCUUAACUUGGCCCUUCGCAAGGAGUUCAACCUCUAUGCCAAUGUGCGUCCCUGCCGCAGUCUUGAGGGCUAUAAAACACUGUACGACGAUGUUGACGUAGUUACCAUACGUGAAAACACCGAGGGCGAGUACUCUGGCAUUGAACACGAGAUCGUCGAUGGCGUCGUUCAGAGCAUCAAGCUGAUCACCGAGGAGGCCUCUAAGCGCGUGGCAGAGUAUGCCUUUCAAUAUGCCAAGAACAAUAAUCGGAAAAAGGUAACCGUCGUGCACAAGGCAAACAUUAUGCGUAUGUCCGAUGGUCUGUUUCUACGAUGUGUUCGAGAUAUGGCCCAAAAAUUCCCAGAUAUCCAGUUUGAGGAGCGAUAUUUGGACACCGUUUGCUUAAACAUGGUCCAGAAUCCAGGCAAAUAUGACGUACUUGUCAUGCCCAAUCUAUAUGGUGAUAUUCUAUCCGAUAUGUGUGCCGGUCUGGUUGGCGGUCUCGGCCUGACGCCCUCCGGCAACAUGGGUCUGAACGGCGCGCUCUUUGAGUCUGUUCAUGGUACCGCUCCCGAUAUUGCUGGCAAGGAUUUGGCCAACCCCACUGCCCUUCUUCUUUCCGCAGUCAUGAUGCUGCGCCACAUGGAGCUUAACUCACACGCCGAAAAGAUAGAGCGCGCUGCUUUUGAAACCAUCAAAGAGGGCAAAUACUUGACCGGAGAUCUCGGCGGCCGCGCAAAGUGCUCUGAGUUCACAAACGAGAUCUGCAUCAAACUGUAG